AUGGACGUUGUGUUAGAAAAACUCGUCGCUAUGUCCGUAUUGGGCUUGGGGACGUUUUUGAUUGGUAUCGUGCCUCUGAAAAUAGUCUAUUAUUUCCAAAUGAAUUCAGUGGGCGGCGAUGGCCACACUACGGGCGGGCCAGAUUUUUCGGCCAUCACGACCAAAGCUUCUACGAUCGUAUAUAACUUACUGUGCUUCGCGAGUGGUGUUUUAUUAUUCACCAGUAUACUGCGUUUACAACCCGGAGUUCGGAAACAAUUAGAAAGCGUGCAAGACACCCGUAAAAUAGCCGUUAGCAUCGAGAAUCUCGGUGAUAUAAUGUUUUGCUUUGGCUUCUUGGCGUUUUUCUUCAUAGACGAAUUUGCCCACUUUUUGCUGAACAGAUGGAUGGCCAGACGAGCCGAUUGGAAUUCCGUAGUAGUACUGGCGCAGUCGUUGAGCCUGACACGAUCGAACAUACGCCGUAUAUCGUCAUCGGUGCCGCCGAUGACCGGUUGCAUGCCUUUGGUCACCAUCUUGGAGGUGCCGGAAGAGUACGAAGACAACCGGGCCACGUCUGCAGAAGGACAACCAAAUACGAACACUACCGAUAACAUACCUACGGAAUCGAACGACAAUGAGUACAAAGAACUUCAGGUCAUUUUUCGCUACCUCUUCACCGUAAUCGCACUGUCCUUCCACGAAGUGUUCCAAGGAAUGGCUAUCGGAAUGGAAUACAACAUCUUUCGCGUACGAUGUUUAUUGGUCACGGAGACCACUCAUAAACUGGUCAUCGGAUUUUCUAUUGGAUUGGAUAUGGCGUGGUCGAAUGUCCGGAAAUCAGUGGCCGUAUUGUAUUUGGUUAUGUUUACAGUCACCAUGCCCGUUGGAAUCCUUUUAGGUAUGUGGUUCAUCGACAAUCUCGCCCGGGCAGAACCGACAGUGCUCGCCUUCCAAGGAUUCGGCGACGGCGCGCUCUUUUACGUGAUGGUUUUCGAUAUUGUCACCAGACACAAAAAACAGGGAUUCCCAUAUUACGUACUGUCUACAGCACUCGGUUUCAGCGUUAUGUUACUGCUGCAAAUUAUGAGUAAAUCCACAAUGACCUGCAGCAUACAUGUAAAUAAGGUAUAG